AGAAAAAAAAAUGAUCUUUCAUCAUUAUAGAUUUCGUGCAUAUAAAUAAUCUAACACUUAUCAUUAUGUCAUUAUAUCAAAGCGGUUAAGUUUUUUUCUAUACUGAAAAACAAAACUUCAAUAGAAGUCUAUCAAAAAUGAUAAUUUGAUCGUUGUCUAAUUAUAAUUCAGCCUGCGAAUAUCUAUAAAAAAAUGUUACUUCAGUAAAUUCUAUUAUAUGUGGAAAAAAAAAAUUUGAAUAAAAUCUGCUACAUAUAAAUACACUUAGAAUGUACAGAACUACCACUAGAGGGGUAUCGAAGUCGAUCAACCGGAAGAAUGCGGGUGAUGUGACGUCUAUCCAAUCAAUGAAAAUGUCCGUUUCUUUUUCCUUAGUGCAGCCUCAAAAAUGAACUCAUUUGUGUUCGAUUAUAAAAAAAGAAAAACUAAUUUGUCUUCGCAACAAAAUAAUAUCCUUGUCUAAUUUUUGAUGCCUCAAGCAAAAACUGGAUAAACACGUACUACAUACAGUGAACAAUGACGAAUUUAGUCGGAGAGUACAAAAUAUGUUUCGUUAAUCAUGAUCACUACUAUUUUUCGGUUGAAACGCUCGACACUAUUGAAAAUCAUCUCAAAGAUAAGUCUCAGAUAAACUAUUAUUAUAAACCGCACUGUACAAUGAAAGAUAACCAUUUAUUAAUUAGAUUUUAUACAAAUUGAAAAUUUUAAAUGAAUAUAUUCUGAUAAAAAUAUAUCUAGUUUUCAAAGUUUUGAGAUGAAAAUCUUAAAAAAGACUAAGUUCAAAAUUCUAAAAAUUUCUUUUGCAAAAAUCUUCAAAAUCGUUUUGAUUUUUUGAAAAACUUUUUUAAUUAAAAAUUAUGAAAAUAAUAAAUGAAACACAAUAGAAAAUCCUCCUGAAAUCUUCGUAUGCUUGAACGUAAUAGAAGAUCCAGAGUAUCCUGUUGCAAGAUGAGAUUUAAUCUAUACUCAUCCUUUACUUUCAACUCAUUUCUAACACACAAUAGUAAGAUCAUUCCAAAACAAUGUUGAAUAUUUCUACAAAAUCUAUUUCUCUAUACGUGUUAUACUCUAAUGAUAUUAGUUAUCUUCGUCGUAGCUAACUUUUCAUCAAUUAAGAAAGAAAAAAAAACAUUGCUAUUUUAACUAUAUAUACUAUCAUCACUUGAAUAUGUCAAAUAUGACAAAUGACCAUUCUGUUUUUAGUAUUGUGUGUGAUAGAUAUCAAAUAAUGUAUACUUUUAUAAAUAUUGUUUAUUGGCUUCAUAAGUCAUGGUUGUUACAUUUGUUUGAUUUUCAAGAGAAUAACAUAUAAAAUAGAAAUUUUUCUUUGCUAAUCAAUAUGAAAAUAAAAUUUGAUUGUCUAUAUAUUCAAUAGAAAAGAACAGAAGUCGUUAAAGACUUCAAAGUCUAACAAAAAAAGAACAAUGAUACAGAUCAUUGAUCAUUAAAGAAAUUUCAAAAAAAAAAAAAAGAAAAAUGUUAUUCAUAGUGUGAAUAGAUUAAUUAUUUUUCGUGAUAGAAAUAAAUUAGAAUAUAAAUAUAGGUGUUUGAACUAUUCUUAAAAAAAAAAAGAAAUUUAACACUGAAUCAUUCAGUAGACUCAGUGUGAAGUGAUAUGAAUAAUAAUCAUUGUCGUUUUUUUUUUGUUUUCAUUCUAGACAUUCCAUUGGAUGGUAACAAAAAAGGAACCAAUGAUUGAAAACGUUCAACUGAAUAAAGAAGAACAAAAAAAGGAAGAAAAUAUUGAAAAAAAUGUAAGAAAAACACGUCCACAAUGGGAAUCAGCUGAACCAAAUAAUGAUUAUCUUCGAAAAUUUCGUAAUUACGAAAUUUAA